AUGGCGACAACAUCCCUCCUCACAGCCCUCAACUGCAAGGGCAACACCCACCUCAUCAUCGGCACAAAUCCCCUCGCCGCCGCCCGCUGCACACAGUCCCUCGCAGCCGGCGCCGCCGCCAUCCUCCUCGCCCCGGACACGACGGACCUGCACUACGGCCUGCAGAAGCGCGUCGACGCCGGCGAGGUGGUGUGGCACAGGAAGGCCUUUGAGGACUCGGACCUCUUCACCCUCGGCCGCGACGACGUCGACAACGUCGUCGACGCCGUCUUCGUCACCUCGGGGCCCCGCGACCCCCUCGCCGCCCACAUCUCGGCCCUGUGCCGCCGGAACCGCAUCCCCGUCAACGUCGUCGACGCGCCGCAGCUGUGCUCCUUCUCGCUGCUGUCGACGCACACCGACGGCCCUUUGCAGAUCGGCGUCACGACCAACGGGAGGGGCUGCAAGCUCGCCUCCCGCAUCCGCCGCGAGGUCGCCGCCGCGCUGCCGACGGACCUCGGCGCCGCCUGCGCGCGGCUGGGCGACGUGCGCCGGCGCAUCCAGGCCGAGGACCGCUCGUCGGCGCAGCCCGACGACGCCGACGUCGACGACUCGCUCGACCAGGCCGCGUCCUUCAACAAGCUCGUCACCGACGCCGACCUCGACGCCGCCAAGAACAGGCGCAUGAGGUGGCUGAGCCAGGUCUGCGAGUACUGGCCCCUGAAGCGCCUUGCCGCCAUCAACGACGACGACGUCGAGUCCGUCCUGAAGUCGUACGCCGGCACGACGACGUCGUCGUCGUCCGAGGAGGCCGCAGCGAGACCGCCGCCCGUCGCCGGUCUCGCCGCCGCCGCCGGUAGCCAGCAACAGCAAGGGAGGAUCAUCCUUGCCGGCAGCGGGCCGGGACACCCGGACCUCCUGACGCGCGCGACGCACAAGGCGAUCCAGACGGCGGACCUGAUCCUCGCGGACAAGCUCGUGCCGGCGGGCGUGCUGGACCUCAUCCCGCGGCGCACGCCCGUGCGGAUCGCGCGCAAGUUCCCCGGCAACGCGGACCAGGCGCAGGAGGAGCUCCACGAGCUGGCGCUGGCGGGCGCGCGGGAGGGCAAGACGGUGCUGCGGCUGAAGCAGGGGGACCCGUUCAUCUACGGCCGCGGCGGCGAGGAGGUGGCGUACUUCCGCGAGCACGGGUUCGGCGACCGCGUGACGGUGCUGCCGGGCAUCACGUCGUCGCUGAGCGCGCCGCUGUUCGCGGGGAUCCCGCCGACGCAGCGGGACGUCGCGGACCAGGUCCUCGUCUGCACGGGCACGGGCAAGAAGGGGAAGCCGCCCGCGCCGCCCGAGUUCGUGGCCAGCCGGACGGUGGUGUUUUUGAUGGCGCUGCACCGGAUCACGGGGCUGGUGAGGGAGUUGACGUGUCGUCUUGAGACGGAGGAGGAGACGGCGACGACGGAGACGACGGAAGGCGAGACGACAACAACGACGACGAAGCCGAAGAGGGCGUUGUGGCCGCGGAACACGCCGUGCGCCGUCAUCGAGAGGGCCAGCUGUCCCGAUCAAAGGGUCAUCAGGACGACGUUGGAGUACGUGGCCGAGGCGAUCGAGGCCGAGGGGAGCAGGCCGCCGGGGCUUCUCGUCGUCGGCCGGGCGUGCGAGGCGUUGUAUGAGAGCGAGAAGGGGCGGACGUGGGUCGUCGAGGACGGGUUCAAGGGGUUCGAUUUCGAGGAGCUCCCCGGGCUGUCGUGA